AGUCGGUCCUAACUUAGCAUUAAAUUAACACCAUUGACUGAAAUCACUGGUACCAGUUAGCUUUGCUUGAACUGAGAGUAGUGUAACGUAAGUGGUAAGCUAUCAAAGACCUCAUGUGACCACAUGAAAAACUAACAGUGGCAAUCAUCAUCAUUAUCGUCAUCUUAUGUCAACGUACGUUGUGUUAGUCUCACUUGCAUUCCACCCUGGGUUAAUCAUUUGUUCCACGCUCUGUGCCAGUUAUCUGUUAUGACUGCUCUGUUAUCACAGGACUGGGCCAGUUUGUUAAAUUGACUUCUGAGUAUUGCCAUGUUGUGUGACAUCAGUACUGCAAAGGGAUGCUUUGCCUGUGGUAUGGAAAAUGGAUUUCGUGUCUACAACACAGAUCCUCUUAAGGAGAAGGAGAAACAAGAGUUCCUGGAGGGCGGGGUCGGCCAUGUGGAGAUGCUGUUUAGGUGUAACUAUUUAGCACUAGUGGGUGGAGGAAAGAAACCCAAGUAUCCGACCAACAAAGUGAUGAUCUGGGAUGACCUGAAGAAGAAGACAGUUAUUGAGAUCGAAUUCUCGACAGAAGUCAAAGCGGUGAAGCUUCGGCGCGACAGGAUUGUUGUGGUCCUGGACUCGAUGAUCAAAGUCUUCACUUUUACCCACAACCCCCAUCAGCUGCACGUGUUUGAGACCUGCUACAACCCCAAAGGUCUUUGUGUGCUGUGUCCCAACAGCAACAACUCUCUACUGGCGUUUCCCGGCACUCACUCAGGACACGUGCAGAUAGUGGACCUGGCGAAUACCGAGAAGCCCCCAGUUGAUAUCCCCGCCCAUGAGGGGGCGCUGUGCUGCAUUGCUCUAAAUCUGCAGGGCACCAGGAUAGCUACAGCAUCAGAGAAAGGGACUCUUAUUAGAAUUUUCGACACAUCUGCGGGUCAGCUCAUACAGGAGCUAAGACGAGGCUCUCAGACAGCUAACAUAUACUGCAUCAAUUUCAACCAGGAUGCAUCCCUCAUCUGUGUGUCCAGUGACCAUGGCACUGUGCACAUCUUUGCUGCAGAGGACCCCAAGAGGAACAAGCAGUCAAGUUUGGCAUCGGCCAGCUUUCUUCCUAAAUACUUCAGCUCCAAGUGGAGCUUCUCCAAGUUCCAGGUCCCUUCAGGAUCUCCCUGUGUGUGUGCCUUUGGAACGGAGCCCAACGCUGUCAUUGCCAUUUGUGCUGACGGCAGCUACUACAAGUUCCUGUUCAACCAGAAAGGGGAGUGUUCCAGAGACGUAUAUGCCCAGUUUCUGGAGAUGACCGAUGAGAAAAUAUGACCCUUGACCCCUCUGGAGACAGCCUGUUUUUCUUUGUCUUUUUUUUUUUUUUUUUUUUUUUUAAAUUUCAGAGGAGGCAGGAGAGGUCCUUUGUUACACUUCUCCAUAUCUUGUGAGACUCUGUAAAUGAGCAACAGAUGAAGGGAGGACAAAGAAAGAGAAGCACGGACUUGGGGUUGGGAGGUGGGGGGGAGGGGGGGUAAACUCUUACAGUACAGAUGAAGACAUGAAAGAACCAACAGGGAUGCAGACUUUUGUCUCUCACAGACUCCCGAGGACAGUCUGUGGACGGAGGGACACAUAUGUUGACUGAACUCCCAAACCAAACACUAGAGAGAAAACAAAAAGAGGGAAAAGUUAUUUUUCUGAAUGGAGAACAAGCCGCUUUUUAAGACGUCUUCCGAGGAAUUUACAAAGGAUGGCUAUUUUUAAUCACAUAGAUGAUUGUGAUAGUUAGAUGGUUUGCAGAUAUUGAGAUUUUUGUCAACUAACACCACCUAACCUAACUAUAGGGAGUGCCUCGAGACUGGAGCGAAUCUGUAUGUGCUGCACAUAUUACUGUUUCAUAUAUACAUAUGUGUGUUUGUGUAUAUACAAAUGUAUCAUAUUAGGUGUUUGCAAUGCAGGAUCAGAAUGAGGUAACUGUUGUGUCCCCACUGCUGUGAUGAUGGUUCAGACUCUGAAUCAGACUCUGAUCCUGCAUUGUGAAGCGUCACCAUAGUAUUACCUACUAGAUUUUCUUAAUAUUCACUGUAUAAACACAAAGCGCCAGACUGAACUUCUAACUGCAUAGAAAUGUACAGAAUAGUAUCAGAAAAAAAAUUCACUCUUCCUUUGUUCAUACAUUGUGCAAUAUAUGUUUUUCCAUAAUUUUUUUCUUUUGUUGUGAAAGUUGUUUUUUGUUUCUGUAUGCCCACAAAAGCUUAAAGGAAUAGUUCAUCAUUCCUUGGAUGUUAUUCCAAGUUAUUCACUUUCUUGUCAGCAGUUACAUAAGAAGACCAAUGCCACUCUUCUGUUUUUAUUCUAACUAUGAAGCUGCAGCCAGUUAGCUUAGCUUAGCAUUAACACGAGUAACAGCUUACACGUUAUAGCUUGUUUGGUUUGAUCUGUACAGACUAAAAGUGUAAAAACAACAAGGUGUGGUUUUGCUGGGAUAAUGUGGAUUUUAUUUAUUAUUUCUUUAGCUGGCAGCAGCGACUUGUGAGUUUUUACAGUUGGGCUUUUGUAUGGGAAUCAAACAAAUGAGAUAUAAUGUGUUAAAUGGACAGAGUCAGGCUAAAUCUCUCCCUAUGUUUUCAGUUUUUAUGUUAAGCCAACUAGCUGCUAGCUUUAGCUGGUUUGUGGACUACAAAGCCCCGCCCACACUGUGGAAUUGAUCAAUAGCCACAUCCUAAAACAUAGUCUUCUUUGUGGUCUAUUUUACUCUGCAUGUGACCAUAAUUUACAAAUGUAUUGAAGAAGACUUGGGACUACUGACUGAGACCAUAAACUCAUUAGUCACCGGUUAACUGAGCUAAUCAUUUUCAGACUUCUUUUUGAAACCAGUAGAGGCGCCCCCUGCUGGUUUAAGGCACUUCCGUAAUUGUAUCAUUGUUCAGACCCAAAAGCUCCAUCCAGUUAUAAUACAGCCUUUGCUUUGGUUUCAUGCUUACCUCACAGACAUCUGAGUGGUACGUUUUACUUAUUAAACUCACAGCAAGAAAGUUUCUUUUCCAAAAUUAUUGCUUUACAAGUUUGUGAAGGUUGACUGUUGGUUGCUCCUACCUGAACAGGAAAGCUGAAGAGCCAAACAAACACAUGCAUAUUCUAAAAAUCUAAUUGAUUUUGGAUGCUUUUUUUUUCUUUUCAGCAGCCCAGACCUACAAAAACAUGAAGAAUAAUCUGAACACAGUUCAGAUUGCUCUUCACAUUUAAUGUCAGUACAUUAUUACCCCAGUACAAUUAAAUCAGAACUCUUCUGAAGGCUGAUUGGUUGCUGCAUAUACAUGUGGUUGGCCAGUUUGGCACCUUUUAAUUUAAAUUAAAUGGCAACACUCUUGACUUUGAGUGUAGUUCAUGUCCCGUGCCAGUGAUUGAAGUUAACUGCUUCACUCUGGCCCCUAACAGCAUUGAUCAGUUCAGCCAAUGCAAAGCCUGUGGCCAUAACCAGGAGACUGUUUUUGUUUUUUUUCCUUCCAUAUGUCAUGUUAAUCGACUGCAUUAUUGUUACUUCAGUGCAAAAACACAUUUCAUUUGCGUUGCUUUGUGCAUCAGAUUGUACCAUUGCAGGUUUGACACAGCACCUGGCGGUCACUGACCACAAUAGAGGACGCUGCACAAAAUGAAAAGCCAACUUGUUUCUGACGCACUCAGAAUGAUUGUAAAACGCGUUUAAAUUUGUGAAUAAAAUGUAACAUCUGCUUUUACAGUUAAAGAAC